GUGCACGUCCGGAAGGUGGGGUUUUGUGUUGUAGCGGACAGUUAUUCAUUCUGUGUUAAAUCAGUGGUACUUAGCAGCCCUAUGCCUCGGUAUGCACCAUUAACGCGCUUAUCAAGAUAGCAGCAAGAAAGGGGAGAGGCCUGCUUUGAGUGAGAGCUGAUCAAGGAGUCAAAAAUGUAGAUAUUGCCAGAUGUUCUCUGUCCGAGGAACAGGCUGUGGAAGCUUUAUUGCUGCCAAAAGUGUCCAUAACCAGAGAUUCAGCAGGCGGAGGACCUGCUUUAUUGGGAGGAUAAUCUGGAAUCUGGUAACAGUGACAAUGGGGUCAUUGUUCCUGACAUCCCAUGCCCCCUGUCUACUGAGAAUCUUGCUGUGCUGCAACGUCAAGUGAACCCUACCACUGACACUUUUUAGGUGGUGUCAGUGAGUGUUUUGAGCAUAGUGACAGUGUGUGUGUGUGAGACAGAGACCAGUGAUGGCUGCCAGUAAGAAUAAGACCCAGAGUUCUCUGGCCCUGCACAAGGUCAUCAUGGUAGGCAGUGGUGGUGUGGGCAAGUCUGCACUCACACUGCAGUUCAUGUACGACGAGUUCGUAGAGGACUACGAGCCCACCAAGGCAGACAGCUACAGGAAGAAGGUAGUGCUGGAUGGAGAGGAGGUCCAGAUCGAUAUCCUGGACACGGCUGGACAGGAGGACUAUGCUGCUAUCAGAGACAACUACUUCAGGAGUGGAGAGGGAUUCCUGCUAGUCUUCUCCAUCACAGAACACGAGUCUUUCACAGCCACAGCAGAGUUCAGAGAGCAGAUCCUGCGUGUGAAAGCGGAAGAGGAUAAGAUUCCUCUGUUGGUGGUGGGGAACAAGUCUGACUUGGAGGACCGCAGACAGGUGUCUGUAGACGAGGCCCGAGCCAAGGCAGAGGAGUGGGGGGUGCAGUACGUGGAGACAUCAGCCAAGACGCGAGCCAACGUCGACAAGGUAUUCUUUGACCUGAUGCGGGAGGUGCGGGGAAAGAAGAUGUCGGAAAACAAGGACAAAAACGGCAAGGGGAAGCACAAGAAUAAGAACAAGAAGAGUUUCAAAGAGCGAUGCUGUUUACUCUGAACGCAACAUGGACCUUUACAACACAAAACACCACAAUCUAUCGUUACGCUGAGGAACCAACUUGACCAGAAUCACAGUGCAUCCAUCCUCACGUUGAGUUGAAAUAUGUGUCUGUUAGUAUUGAAUCUGGCCAUAUUUUUAGUGUUGUUUAUCAGGUUUGGGGUCAGAUCUAUUUAAACUGUCAAUUCCAGAAGUUAACUAAUAUUCCAAUUGCAAUUUUGCUCAUUGCUUUUUAAACAGAAAAUUGGAAUUUGGAAUUUCAGUUUACUUGUUGAAGUGAAAUGGAUUUUUUUUUCCCAACCCAGGUGUUUACCACAUUCUCAACCACUGAUGUUUAUUUUUUAAAUGGAAGGUGACCACUGUUCUGUGACUUGGACUGCAAUGCAUGACCUCUCCCCUGAUAACAACAAACCAAUUACCAAACUGCCCCAAACACUAACUUCAGUCUGCUUGGAUCUUGUUCUGUCUAUCAAUAUGUCUGUCCUUUAUGAUCAACAGAUGGUCAUGCCAUUUAUUUUAGUCUACAACCUGCAUGGGGAUUUUAAUCUAGAAUGGGAAUGGAUCUGUGAAUGGGGAUAGGUUCAGUCAAGGACAGAAAUGUAGUGAAACUCUAUUCAAUGCUUUUCACUGAUGUUUGUUUGUGGUAUGGACAUCAGACUAAGCUUAGUUUGUUAAUGAUUUAAAAAAAGAAACAUUUACCAGUUAGUAAAAGGGACUAGGACUGAGCGUGUCAUUGUUUCCUCUACAAUAGGAGAAAGCAAUUGUCAAUCAAGAAGGCUCAUCGUCUUAGGAUUCAAAGCACAUGUGAUAUUAUUAGGGCCAGUCAGUUUACAUUGUCAGGAAAAACUCCUGGCCCUGGUCUAAGUAGGAUGGAUGUUGAAGUGUGAAGUUGUAACAGUUUACUAACCAG